AUGACCGGAGAUGGCCAUCAUGGGCCAAAGCAUAUGGAGCCUCUGUCGGAUCAUGCAAAGGACCAGAGAAAAAUUGACACAAGUCAGGGACACCACAAUUUCCAAGUCGACGGCAUGGGAAUUGUCGUAAACGAUGGGUUGGUGUACUCCCUUCCUGAGGACGAGGAGUCGCUCUACUUUGGCCAGUCCAGCACAUACAACUUCGUUCACCAGGCCCAACGGAUCCUCCGGGAGUCAAACCGGAGUUUCCUGGAGGCGGACCAGUUCUUGGACGAGAGCUAUCCUUCAGACCAGUAUGCCGCAGAAUCGACGAGACGGCGCGUGGCGGCAUUUGACGACUACGUUCUCCCACCCAAAAAGGAAGCGGACGGCCUGAUGGCCAUAUUUUGGAGUCGAGUCUAUCCUCUGUACCCCUUUCUCGACCAGAGCACAUUCCAAGCCGCGUACGAAGAUCUCUGGGCGUCCAACAUGCAACCUGCCCAUUCCUAUCUCACCACGUCUCAAUAUUAUACCAAACUGGGGCCCGCAAUCGACGACAUCCCCGAAUCGAGGCGGUUCCACAUCCUCCUGAACGCGAUAUUCGCCGUCUGCAGCUACUGCGAGGUGUCCGACACCCGCGAGCGUCAGAUUCAGAGAGGGGCCUUGUUCUGGAAGCGCUGGAAGAGGCUCCUGCAGCUCGACUUUGACAUAUUCAACCGUCCGCGCCUGAUCUUCAUCCAGGCCCUGCUGUACUCUGCCGUCUACCUACAGAGUUCCAGCGAACUGACGGGGGCGUGUUGGAAUCUCACCUCGAUAGCUGUCAGGAUGGCACAGGCGCUCGGUCUGCACUGCCACCGCAAGUCACCGACGUGGCAGCAGAAGCGUGGCGUGGAAACAUGCUGUCUUCGCUGGCGGACCUGGGCCGGCUGUGUAUUGAUGGACCGAAGAUCAGCCACGAUCUACGGCCGCCCGCCGAUGACUACGUCGAGGACAGCCCAGUGGCUAAUCCCUUCUGAACUGGCGAUCCAGCGCGAAAGCCUGACCGAGAGCGAUCGGAACGCUGUAACUUUUCUGUCUCACUCGGUCCAGCUUCAGGAGCACCUUUCGGACAUCGUGACCAAGUUCUACGACGAGACAGAAACAGACACUGCCAUCACUAGCUGGGACGGCAGCGGUAGCGCAACCCCUUGGCCGCCUCGAACGUCUAAUAAGCAAGGAUCAACUACUACUACUACUACUACUACUCCCUACCACUCCCACCACAGGCACCGCAUGGAGAUGGACGACUUUGUCGCCGUCGAAGCCGCCCUCGUGUCGUGGGAAUCUAAGCUUCCGGACUCUCUACGUCUGCCGGAACUCGCAGUCCUUCGCGCGACGCCCGAGAAAUUCAGGGACAUCAGCAGACAGGCCGUUGUCCUGCGCGGGCAGUAA